UUUGUCAGGCACACAAUUGUAAUCUGCUACACAACACAAUAUUUUAAGUCUUUCUUUUAUCUAAAGGCACACACAUUUUUAGAGUUUGAAUACAAUAGCUAUCCCCACUCUUCCUUGCUUUGGCUCUCGAACGUGACUAACUCUCUAGAGAGCACUUAAGAUAAAUGGCUUUAGAGUAUGAUUCUUUGAAUGAAAACGUGAAGAAGUGUCAGUAUGCUGUAAGAGGUGAACUCUAUCUCCGAGCUUCUGAGCUUCAGAAAGAAGGCAAAAAGAUUAUUUUCACAAACGUUGGGAACCCUCAUGCUUUAGGACAGAAGCCGCUGACAUUUCCUCGCCAGGUGGUUGCGCUAUGUCAAGCUCCGUUUCUACUAGAUAACCCAAAUGUUGGAAUGCUAUUUCCAGCUGAUGCUAUUGCAAGAGCUAAGCACUAUCUUUCCUUGACUUCAGGCGGUCUAGGUGCUUACAGUGACUCAAGAGGCCUUCCAGGAGUUAGGAAAGAGGUUGCUGAGUUCAUCGAACGGCGUGAUGGCUAUCCCAGUGAUCCAGAACUCAUAUUUCUCACUGAUGGAGCUAGCAAAGGUGUGAUGCAAAUCUUGAACUGUGUUAUACGCGGUGCAGGAGAUGGGAUUCUAGUUCCGGUUCCACAAUAUCCACUCUACUCAGCCACCAUAUCACUCUUAGGUGGUUCUCUUGUUCCUUACUAUCUCGAUGAGUCUGAAAACUGGGGGCUUGAUGUUAACAACCUUAGACAAUCCGUUGCUCAGGCUCGCUCUCAAGGAAUAUCAGUAAGGGCAAUGGUGAUCAUUAACCCUGGGAACCCAACUGGGCAGUGUCUAAGUGAAGCUAACUUAAGAGAGAUAUUGCGGUUCUGUUAUAACGAGAAGUUGGUUCUUCUGGGAGAUGAGGUUUAUCAGCAGAACAUAUACCAGGAUGAGCGUCCUUUUAUCAGCUCCAAAAAGGUUUUGAUGGAUAUGGGUUCGCCGUUCAGCAAGGAAGUCCAGCUUGUAUCUUUCCACACUGUCUCUAAAGGGUAUUGGGGUGAAUGUGGUCAGCGAGGUGGAUACUUUGAGAUGACCAACUUCCCUCCCAGGGUUGUUGAAGAGAUAUACAAGGUUGCAUCAAUAGCCCUGAGUCCUAAUGUCUCUGCGCAGAUCUUUAUGGGUUUGAUGGUUAAUCCUCCAAAGCCUGGAGACAUUUCAUAUGACCAGUUCACCCGUGAAAGCAAGGGGAUUCUUGAAUCUUUGAGAAGAAGAGCAAAGAUCAUGACUGAUGGAUUCAACAGCUGCAAAAACGUUGUCUGUAACUUCACAGAAGGUGCAAUGUAUUCGUUUCCUCAAAUACGGUUACCACCGGGAGCUCUCCAAGCUGCGAAGCAAGCAGGAAAAGUGCCUGACGUUUUCUACUGUCUCAAGCUCUUAGAAGCCGCAGGAAUCUCAACAGUACCUGGCUCUGGAUUUGGACAGAAAGAAGGUGUGUUCCAUCUGAGGACAACAAUCUUGCCUGCGGAAGAAGAGAUGCCUGAGAUCAUGGAUAGUUUCAAAAAGUUCAACGACGCGUUCAUGACUCAGUAUGAUAAUAACUUUGGUUACUCCAGAAUGUGAUUACUUCUAUCUUCUUCUUGUUAUGAAGAUGAAUCGAUGUAGUACACUUGACUUUCUAAACUCUCUACGUCUCUUGCUUCCAUAUUCAAAUUGGAAACAUUUUCUCAAGUUAGGCCGGAUCCAGUUAGGCCAUUGGGUUAUGUUAUGUGAUAUAGAACUAAUUUUUAUAAUAAUCACAGCUGUUCUGCG